AUGGACAUUAUUUCUGCCAUCUACACCUUCACAGCAGCAGCACUUCUCUUUAUCUCCUCAACCUUCUUGUAUCUAGCACUCAAAAUCUUUACUGGAAAAUCUAUCGGCAAUCCCAACUAUCCACCAGUAAAAGGCACAAUCUUUAACCAGCUCCUCUACUUCAACAGGCUCUAUGACUACCAAACUGAAGUUGCCAAGAAACAAAAAACGUAUCGGCUUCUUACUCCGGAGGGAAGUGUAGUGUAUACAACAGAUACAAGAAACAUAGAGCAUAUGCUAAAAGCAAACUUCGAAAAGUAUAAUAAAGGCAAGCACAAUCAAGAUAUUUUUACUGAUUUUUUUGGUGAAGGUAUAUUCGCGGUUGAUGGAGUGAAGUGGAGGCAGCAGAGAAAACUGGCUAGCACUGAGUUCUCCACAAGAGUCCUUCGAGAUUUUUCUUGUUCUGUGUUUAGAAGAAAUGCUACCAAACUUGUUAGAGUAGUCUCCAAGCUUGCCACUGCUCAUCAGGUUUUUGACAUGCAAGACACAUUGAUGAGAUUUACUUUGGAUUCCAUUUUCAAAGUGGGGUUUGGAGUUCAUUUGAAUUGCUUGGAGGGCUCCAGCAAAGAAGGAACUGCGUUUAUGAUGGCCUUCGAUGAUUCAAAUGCUUUGAUCUAUUGGCGCUAUAUGGAUCCAUUCUGGAAGCUGAAAAGAUUCUUCAAUAUUGGGUGUGAAGCCUUACUUAGGAAAAAUAUCAAAAUCAUGGAUGACUUCGUAAACAAACUAAUCAGAAACAAGAGGAAAUUGAUGGCUGAACGACAACUUUGGAAUGACAAAGAGGAUAUCCUAUCGAGGUUUCUGGUAGAGAGCGAGAAGGACCCAAUUAAAAUGAAUGAUCGACAUCUGAGGGACAUUAUUCUGAAUUUUAUGAUUGCUGGCAAAGAUUCCACUGCAAAUACUCUCUCUUGGUUCUUCUAUAUGCUUUGCAAAGACCCAUUAAUCCAAGAAAAAGUUGCGCAAGAAGUGAGAGAUAUCACAGGCAGUCAUGAUGAUAAAGUUAAUGUUGAAGAUUUCAUGGCAAACAUAACAGACACGAAACUUGAGCAGAUGCACUACCUUCAUUCAGCUUUGACAGAAACCUUGAGGCUAUACCCUGCUGCUCCUGUGGAUGGGAGAUGUGCAGAAGAUGAUGACAUUCUUCCUGAUGGCUUUAGACUAAAAAAGGGUGACGGGGUUUAUUAUCUGGCAUAUGCUAUGGGCAGGAUGCCUUACAUUUGGGGAGAGGAUGCCGAGGAUUUUCGACCCGAAAGAUGGCUCAACAAUGGGAUUUUCCAACCGGAAUCACCAUUCAAAUUCAUAGCAUUUCAUGCUGGUCCUCGGAUAUGUCUAGGGAAAGACUUCGCUUACCGGCAGAUGAAGAUAGUCUCUAUUGCCCUUCUGCGCUUCUUUCGAUUCAAAUUGGCUGAUGACACAAGAGAAGUGACAUAUAGAACUAUGCUCACACUUCACAUUGACGGAGGUCUCCAUCUCCAAGCAGUUCCAAGGACAAAUUCUACAGCAAAUGCGCUGUCAUGGCUCUUCUACAUGCUUUGCAAGAACCCUUUAAUCCAGGAAGAAGUUGCACAAGGACUGAUUGAUUUCUGGACACUUGAGCAAAUGCAUUACCUUCAUGCAGCACUAACAGGGACCUUGAGGCUAUACCCUGCAGUUGGCCCUCGAACGUGUUUGAGAGAAGACUUUGCUUACCAGCAGAUGAAGAUAGUAUCGAUUGCCCUUCUUAGCUUCUUUCAAUUUAAAUUGGCUGAUGACACAAGAGAAAACGUUCCAUGGACUUCCAUCUGGAAAGGGCUUUCCGCCAGAAGGGAGGGGCGACGGAGCGUAUGCCCAGAAUCCAAACCGUGGAAAUGUCACACUGCCACUGAGAGGUGCGAUCCUGGCGACCUAAGAAUCGGUUUCCUCGAGGCCUUUUGUUUUGGCCCUAGCCAUUCAUCACUUUCUUGGUUGGCAUACCGUCCAUUGUCCCAUAUGGCUUCCAUGGAUUCUCUCUCUAAUCCGUUGAUCUUCUCGGCUCUAGUUCUAAUAAUAUCAAUACUCAUAGUCCAAAUCCUCGCUAGAAAAUUGAACAAAAAGAAGAAAAAACCAAAGUACCAUCCGGUUGGUGGUACAGUAUUUAACCAGCUUCUCAACUUCAACAGGCUGCAUCAUUACAUGACUGAUCUUGCCGGGAAAUAUAAGACCUACAGGCUGCUCGCCCCUUUCAGAAGUGAGAUCUACACGGCUGACCCUGUGAAUGUUGAGUACAUACUCAAAAGCAACUUUGGAAAUUAUGGCAAGGGGGACCAUAAUUACAACAAUUUAAGUGGGCUGCUAGGUGAUGGAAUUUUCACCGUUGAUGGUGACCAAUGGCUCCAGCAAAGAAAGGUUUCAAGCUAUGAGUUCUCUACAAAAGUUUUGAGGGACUUUAGUAGUGUAGUCUUCAGGAAGAAUGCGGCAAAACUUGCAAAUAUAGUGUCUGAAGCUGCAAAAGCUAACCAGUCAAUGGACAUACAGGAUCUUUUUAUGAAAUCAACCCUUGAUUCGAUAUUCAAAGUUGCAUUUGGAGUUGAGCUAGACAGCAUGUGCGGAUCAAAUGAAGAAGGUGUCGAAUUUAGCAAUGCUUUUGAUGAUGCGAGUGCAUUGACCCUUUGGCGAUACGUGGAUGUGUUCUGGAAAAUCAAGAGUAAAAUUGAGCAAAUGCGUAACUCGGAAGAUGUUUCUUCUUUAAAGAAAGAUGACAUUCUAUCAAGGUUCCUGCAACUGAGUGAGAAUGAUCCAACAUACUUACGAGACAUAAUUCUUAACUUUGUGAUUGCUGGAAAAGACACAACAGCAGCUGCUCUAUCAUGGUUCAUCUACAUGCUGUGCAAGCAUCCAGCUGUGCAGGAGAAGGUUGCACAAGAAGUAAGAGAAACAACUAAAAUGAAAGAGAUUACAAAUUUUGCAGAAUUUACAGCCAGUAUUGACGAAGAAGCUCUAGGAAAGAUGAAUUAUCUCCAUGCAGCAAUUACCGAAACUCUUAGACUUUAUCCAUCUGUGCCCGUGGAUGCGAAGGUUUGCUUUUCUGAUGAUACUCUACCAGAUGGCUUUAAUGUGAGAAAAGGAGAUAUGGUGGCUUACCAACCUUAUGCAAUGGGCAGGAUGAAGUUCAUAUGGGGCGAUGAUGCUGAGGAAUACAAACCUGAAAGAUGGCUCAAUGAGGAUGGAAUGUUUCAGCAAGAGAGCCCUUUCAAGUUUACAGCCUUCCAGGCAGGGCCACGGAUAUGUCUUGGGAAGGAAUUUGCUUAUAGGCAGAUGAAGAUCUUCGCUGCUGUCUUAUUGGGCGGUUUCAUUUUCAAACUCGCUGACGAAAAGAAACCUGUCAACUACAGGACAAUGAUCAAUCUUCAUGUUGAUGGAGGCCUCCAUGUUUGUGCCCUCCACAGAAGCAGAACUUAG